CCACCUACUUACCCAGUACCUACCGCUCUCCAUCUCCCGGCGGGCUGCCUGCCCAUGCCCCAGUAGCCAGGCCUUGCCCCGAGCGAGCCCUCAAUGAUAGACAAGCUGAGACCCGUUCUCCCCGCUGCAGACAUGGCGGUCAGUAAGUCGGUGGCCUGGCUGAACGAGCAGCUGCAGAUGGCCGGGGACCGCCUGCUGCUCAUGGACUGCCGGCCGCUGGAGCUCUACGAGUCGUCCCACAUCGAGGCGGCCAUCAACGUGGCCAUCCCGGGCAUCAUGCUGCGCCGGCUGAAGAAGGGGAACCUGCCCAUCCGCUCCCUCUUCACCAGCGGGGAGGACCGGGACAGGUUCGCCCGGCGCUGCGGGACCGACACGGUCAUCCUGUACGACGAGAGCAGCAGCGAGUGGAACGAGAACACGGGCGGGGAGUCCGUGCUGGGGCUGCUCAUGAAACGGCUGAAGGACGAGGGCUGCAAGGCUUAUUACCUGGAAGGUGGUUUCAACAAAUUCCAGGCUGAGUUUCCUGUGCAUUGUGAGACAAAUCUGGACAGUUCAUGCAGCAGUAGUUCCCCACCAGUGCUUGGUUUGGGAGGCCUUAGGAUCAGCUCGGAUUCUUCAUCUGAUAUAGAGUCUGACAUUGACAGAGACCCUGUCAGUGCAACCGAUUCUGAUGGAAGUCCCCUUUCCAAUACCCAGCCAUCAUUCCCAGUUGAAAUUCUGCCCUAUCUGUACCUCGGCUGUGCCAAGGAUUCUACUAACCUGGAUGUCUUGGAAGAGUUUGGCAUAAAGUACAUCCUAAAUGUGACCCCAAACCUGCCUAAUCUUUUUGAGAAUGCUGGGGAGUUUAGGUACAAGCAGAUUCCCAUCUCGGACCACUGGAGCCAAAACCUGUCACAGUUUUUCCCCGAAGCGAUCUCAUUUAUUGAUGAAGCCCGGGGCAAAAGUUGUGGUGUUCUGGUGCAUUGUUUGGCAGGGAUCAGUCGCUCCGUAACAGUUACUGUGGCCUAUCUCAUGCAGAAGCUGAAUCUUUCUAUGAAUGAUGCAUAUGACAUUGUGAAAAUGAAGAAGUCUAACAUCUCUCCUAACUUUAACUUCAUGGGUCAACUUCUGGAUUUUGAGAGGACAUUGGGUCUUAGCAGCCCGUGUGAUAAUCGGGUUCCUUCUCAGCAGUUAUAUUUCACUAGUGCAGGAAACCAAAAUGUGUUUCAAGUAGAUACUCUACAGUCCACGUGAAACGUGCUCGCACUUAAAUGUUGGUGAUAAUCAUUCCUAUAAAGAAAAUUCUUUUAGGCUGCUUUGAGAAAGUUGUUGACAGCCCUAUGCGAUUUUGGUUCAAGAAGUUCCUGUGUGAAUCAAAGUUUCUUAAAGUUGCAGAAUUGCAAUGGGAGAGAGAGAUGAUUAGUCAAUGUAUCCAAAUGACUUGGAGAAGAAACUUUAAAUGCCUUGGAAAGAUUUGGAAUGCUCAUCGGCACACACUGUCUUAAUGAUACAGUGGCUUUUUGAGAUCCAAACAAAUGCAGAGCUGGACCUUGCGUAUGACCUACAUUCUGUAAAAUUCAGAAGAAUGUUGUUCCAUUCAUGUCUUCUGUGAAGACUGGUUCUCCUAAAAAUUCAAGGAGCCAAAGAAAUGUGUAAACUUCUAAAUAAUUUGAAGUAUUGACUUUUUAUGUUUCGUUUCUACAUAGUACUGUAAAUAUUUACUUUUAUAUGUAGCAUUGUCUGCUCAUCCCUAAAACGUAGAGGUGGGGUUGAGUACACUUUCUUCCUUUACACUUUAAUUUGAAAAUGUUUGUAGCAUAUCAAUGUUUGAGGGUUUGUGCAUUUUGAUGCACAAAAAAUUUAAAGAUUUUUUUUCUGUAUUUUUGUUUAUUCAUAUAUGGCUGUAACUUACAUAUGGCUUGUUGCCUGAGCUCUUAUAUAUAUAUAUAUUUUUUUUUCUUUUUAACACAUUAAUUGUUCUGAAACUUAAUGUGAAUUACCUCUUGCUCUUACUCUUCUAUUUUAGGGAGCCUCACCUCAAAUGCUGUAUUUUUCAAGUAUGUAAACUGGAAAAAAUGUGUGUACCACUGUCAUGCAAACGUUUAUAUUGCACAUUGAUUGCCAAUAAGGGAGAAAUGUUACUCUCCCAAAUGUCCACGGAGUUAAAGUUUUAAGAUUAAGUUUAUUAUAGAAAUGUAAAUCUUUAAAUUAUUAAUAAAUUACUAUUUUGGUUAUUGAAAA